GAGGAUGUACUCCCAUUAAAUCAAUUUGGAAGGAGAGAUCGAGGGUGGGAACAAGAGAGGAACAGCGAGAUGGGGAGAGAGCAGUGCACAGGGAGAGAGGGAGAAGUGAGAGAGUAAUAAACAGGGCGAGAGAACAAUGAGAGUUGGGUGGACUGACUGCCGUACCCCAGUGAGCUAGCUAGCUGUGGAUGUGAGCAGAGUGGCGUGUCUUUGGAGCAGGGAUACUGCUGCUAUUGAUCCAAACCACCUUCCUCUGUUCUGCCAGCCAGGUGAACUCCUACAGCACAGCUCUCUGAACAGAGAGGGAGAGCAACAGAGAGAGAGAGAUCUGACAGUCUCCUUCCUGUGUUCCUGAGAGCUGGGUGCGUGUUCACCUCUAUUGCCUCUGCCGAACAAGAUAAGAGUGUGUUCUGUGUGUGGGAGCACCGACUGGGGAAAGAGAACACACCAUCUCUCUCCACUGAACCGGAGAGUCUCAGAAGAGCAGCUAACGGCAGCUAACAAACCAACGACCUCCAGCUCCCAGCCGUCGGGUUGAGAUGACAUUGUGUGUGAUAGCGGUGGUCAGGGUAUUAAUGGAUCUGUGAGAGCGGUGGUCUGCUUUACCUGGACCUGUGAGAGUGGUGGUCUGGGUAUUAAUGGACCUGUGAGAGCGGUGGUCUGGAUUUGCUGGACCUGUGAGAGCGGUGGUCUGGUAUUGCUGGACCUGUGAGAGCAGUGGUCUGGUAUUGCUGGACCUGUGAGAGCGGUGGUCUGGUAUUAAUGGACCUGUGAGAGCGGUGGUCUGGUAUUGCUGGACCUGUGAGAGCGGUGGUCUGGUAUUGCUGGACCUGUGAGAGCGGUGGUCUGGUAUUGCUGGACCUGUGAGAGCGGUGGUCUGGUAUUGCUGGACCUGUGAGAGCGGUGGUCUGGUAUUGCUGGACCUGUGAGAGCGGUGGUCUGGUAUUAAUGGACCUGUGAGAGCGGUGGUCUGGUAUUGCUGGACCUGUGAGAGCGGUGGUCUGGUAUUUUAAUGGACCUGUGAGAGCGGUGGUCUGGUAUUGCUGGACCUGUGAGAGCGGUGGUCUGGUAUUAAUGGACCUGUGAGAGCGGUGGUCUGGUAUUACUGGACAUGUGAGAGCCGUAGAAGGACGGGAGGCGAUCAUCUACCUGGACAGGAACAACCGCUGACCCCUGGAGAGAGAGGAGAGGAAGAGCAGUGAUGCAGACUGCCUCCAGUUUCUUAGAACAGACUGCCUCUCUAGGUCGACCUAAAUGUGACUGUCGUAGAUAUUCACAUGUAGCAGGGUAGGAGAGAAAGUGUGCGUGAGUGCUAGGGACGUGCAUGUGUGAUCGCGUAAGAGAGUGUUGAGGGCUUGCUGCUGGUGCUGAGAGCGACUGAGGAGAGAGAGAGGUUGGAUCGGAGCAGAGAGGAAAAAGGCUUAGGGAUGACUGGGUGGAACUGGAGGCUAAAGCUAACCUUGGAAUCAUCCUUGGAACCUUGAGGGGCUGCCGCUACUACUCCACCCCAAAGAGAGGAUCUAGGACUGGGGAAAGAUCCGGGCUCUGUGGACCCUAAACCUGGUGCCUGGGAAUGAGAUGGGCUUGACUUUUAAGACAUUGGGAUGAUGUCAGAGGACCCUGUGAGGGAUGAGGUUGUCGGGAGGGCGAGAGUGGGCUCCCCGCGCCCGGUGUACAUGGUUGGCCCCUCCCCACUAUGAGCAUGCAGGUGCUUCAUAUGGUCAGGGAGCUGGUGUCUCCCUCCCGACGCAGAGCAGCCGCCAGAUUCGGAGCGUCUGGUACAGAGCAGGAUGCUGCGCUGAGGCUUGAGAAGGAGAGGGCUGAGAUCGUCUCCAAAUAUGACAAGGGAAAAGAGGGCGCCACUGUGGAACCCUGGGAGGAUGCAAGCUUCCACCUGUACAAAGUCAUUGACCGCUUCGGCUUCGUACAUGAGAAUGACCUUCCGUCCUACGACUCGGUGGAAGAGAAGCAAAAACACAUAGAGGUAGAAAGGACCUCAAAAUGGCUGAAAAUGAUGAAGAGCUGGGACAAGUAUAAGAACAGUGAAAAGCUGGUGAGGCGGAUCUAUAAGGGAAUUCCCCUACAGCUCCGAGGAGAGGUGUGGUGUCUGCUCCUCGACGUUCCCAAAAUAAAGGAGGAGAAGAAAGACUUCUACGAGAAGCUGAAGCUCAGGGCUCGAGGUCUGUCUCCUGAUGUCCGUCAGAUUGACCUGGAUGUGAACCGAACCUACAGGGACCACAUCAUGUUCAUGACCCGCUACGACGUCAAGCAGCAGGCUUUGUUCCACGUCCUAACGGCCUACUCCAUGUACAACACGGAGGUGGGGUACUGCCAGGGCAUGAGUCAGAUCACUGCUCUGUUGCUCAUCUAUAUGAACGAAGAGGAUGCCUUCUGGGCUUUGGUCAAACUGCUGUCUGGACAGAAACACGCCAUGCAUGGGUUUUUUAUCCCCGGCUUCCCCAAGCUGAUGCGCUUCCAGGAGCACCAUGACCGCAUCCUCAAGAAGAUGAUGCCCAAACUAAAGUCACACCUGGACACACAGGAGGUGUUCACCAGCCUGUACACUAUGAAGUGGUUCUUCCAGUGUUUCCUGGACAGGACCCCCUUCACCCUGACCCUGCGGAUCUGGGACAUCUAUAUCCUGGAGGGAGAGAGAGUUCUGACCGCCAUGUCUUACACGGUCCUCAAACUGCACAAGAAGCACCUGUUGAAGCUGUCUAUGGAGGAUCUGGUUGAGUUUCUGCAGGUGACUCUGGCCAAGGACUUCUUCUAUGAGGAUGACUUUGUGAUUGAGCAGCUGCAGAACAACAUGGUGGAGCUAAGGAGGUCCAAACUGGAGCUGGCCGCACCAGGUAAAGAGGACGAGUAUCCCAAGAAGCUUCUUGGGCAGCUUCCCCCAGAGCCGGCGGUGAACCAGAACCACGUGGCGAAUGGUCAGAGCCACGCCCAGCCGGCCGAGCCCCCAAAAGCACCCAGCCCCUCCCCCGAGCAACAGCGGGACAGCCAACCCCCCAACCGGGCGGGCAGGGACUCCCUGGAGAAGCUGGUCCGGCAGCACAAGGCUGAGAAGAGGGAGGCCAGAUCACGGGGGUCCGGAGAGAACGCCGUCCACCUCGACCCCCACUGCAAACAGCCCUCCAUCCCCCCCCUUGCGACUCCAGAGAGAGGGUCCACACCUACACCGUCCCCGGCGCCCUCUUCCUCUCCACACAACAACCCUCCUAUAAAAGUGGUGGAUGGAGGGAAGCCUCAGAACCACGCCACGGCCAACCAUAACUCCAAUGCCGCCUCCAGCAGCUCUCGUAAAGACAUCGCCCCGCGCUGGGUCAAGCCCUCCGAGACCAAGCUGGAGGCGGCCAAGGCAGCGGCUGCCAGGGAGAUCCAGCUGAGCCGCGGUGGUUCCCCGGCUCCCUCCAGCCCUGAUGACACCCUGCUGCUCAACCCCCGGCCCCGCUCCAGGGGCUUGAUCCCAGGCUCCAACCGCGGCUCCAACUCCUCUCAGUACGACAACGUGCCCGGGGGGGCAGAGCAGGACUUUGUGGAGGAGCUGGAGAGGCCACCAUCGCCGUCCCUACCCCCCACCCCCAGCCUGCAAGGACAAGUGGGUAGGCAGGCCAAACGCCACAUCCCUGCUGCCCUGUCACUCAACAGCCCUGCGGGGGGUAAACCCUAUGUCCACCCCAACGGCCAGAGCCAGUACCACACCCCCCCCCAGCAGUACUCCCCCGGCCAGCCUGCUAUGGUGCCACUCCACUACCCCCCAUACAGUGUGAGCCUAGAGCAGAGGGGACUGGGAGAGGACAGGCACUACGGCCCCCCGCCCUCCCGAGGCACCCCACCUAUGGGUCUGUUGUAUGGGGAGAGGGCGUACGUCACCACCCAGCGGCCCAGCCACUCUCCGGAGAAGGCCCUCAUGAACAACUCCUAUGCCACCACCCACAGGCAGCCUCCCAGCUCAGCCCAGCCCCCCCGGACCCUUGUAGCCCCGCUGGUCCCCCGCACAAUACUGCAGCUGGACAGCCCUGGUAGUAACGCCGCCACAUACCUGCGUCAGCCCACACGGCUCACCUCCGAGGCAGCCACCUGUCCGGUGUACCCUCCUGUUGCCUACAACAGGUACGAGGGGCGGAGGAGAGGGGAGCAGACACAACCCUACCUGUCUGAGGGGCCAGGCCGGGGAGGGGCAGCGGAGGUGCAGCCGUGGAGGCAGCAGGAAGGUGGUGACAUGUCACGUGCCCCUGGAGGUGUACCCCGAUCCCCCAGCUUCCAGAGGGCCCAGAUGUCCCCCGUGCAGGAGUUCACCUUCCCCCCCGGCCCUGACGGCCUGGCUCACUACAGGACACAGUUCCACGAGCAGCAGCAGCCCACCAUGAGGCAGCAGCUCCCCCCGCUGUUCGGAGGACCACACUACAGGCACGCACCAGAGGCGUUCACCAUGCAGGAGUCUAUGUUGCUGUGAUAGGAGGCGAGAGGGAUAGAAAGACACUGAGGUGUAGUCACUGACACUGUGGCAGCAGAGACCAGCGGUAGUCCUACUGGGGUUAAGGAGUUUUAGUUUGGUCUGUUUGUGCUUUAUACGUGACGUUCUGACCCAUAAAGUCAUACUGCAUCGUGAAUGCUGCAGGAUACCAGCUUUUGACGUUUUUAUGGAUCCCUUUUAAAAACCCACUGAAGAUUGAUUAUUUUAUUUUUUGGAUGUUAAAUCAUUAACGACAGGAGUUAAAAGUAUAUAUAUAUAUAUAUAUAUAUAUAUAUCUUUUAGAGUUGAAAAUGUACAGUAAAUGAUGUUUGGUUAAUAUACUGAGUUAUUGAAACGUUAUGAGUAGACAGGGACACUUCUCCUGGCGAGACAAACUCAAUGAUUCCUUUUUUCUUUUCCAUCUUUAGUUACUUCCAAAACAUCUACUUUAGAGGUCAAUUUACUCUAUAUGCUUGUGAAUAUCUUAUUUUUCUGAGAGAAGAAACAAAGCUUUGUCAAAUAAUAGAUUUACGGAUCAGUGCAGAUUUAAAAUCAUUGUCGAAAAUAAAUCAUUUACAUUUUGAAGCACCUCCACUGUAUAAGGACCAUUUUUUCAACUUUAAUUUUUUAAUUGAGAUUAUUCUGUCGCUCAGUUUAGCGACCACUGUAAUUUCUAGUCAUUGCAAAGCAUUUCUGUAACCCAAAUAGUGUGUACAGUAUGUUUGGGUAUCGAGGCCAGUGUCUGCUUUAUACCCCUUAUUGGGACUGUAACAGUGAACUGUUUUGUCGUCCGUAGAAAAAAACGCCCCUUUUCUCCCCUGAAGUUAUGUAGGAUUUACUUCCCUCUGAAAAGUUUACAUGAACAUUAAUUUAAUAUUAACAGUACGGUAUUUUCAUCACCACAGAGUAAGUGUCAGCUUGCUGCAAGAGGUUUCUAUAGAUGAUGGUGUUGAAGUACUUACUAAGCUGCAAUAUGCUUUAAUUGUCAACUCAUGUCUUGUAUUUUCAGCAGUCACAUUCACUGCUGUUCAGUUACCAGCACUUACAUAUUAAAUCAACACUUACUGACCUGUACAUACUACUUUGUAGUGUGACAUCACACAUUUGAAUACAUAUUCAACCACCUCCCCUUUUAUUGCUGAUUCUCAACUAUGUACUUUUUGAUACAAUGCUUAUCAUUCUCAAACAGUUAUAAUUAUACUGUUAUUAUUUGAACAUGCAAAUAAGUCAUUCCUUCUUUUUGUUAAAUAAUUGCAAAAUGGUUUCAGGUCAUUCUUCAGAGACUUUUAUUUACUUAAUAAAACAAAUUGGGGUGUGCAUUUCUGA